AUGUCGUCGCCACUGGCUGACCUCUACCAGCGAUACAAGAUCGGAACGAAGCGAGUGGAGCAAUGGCUCACCAAUCUGGCUAAUCGCCAAUUGCAUACCCGCGAUGGAGCCACGUCCACCAAGCCCAUCAGCGUACCAACAGCUCCUGCGGAACUCAAUAGUACCAUUAUCGUGCUCGAGGAUGUCAUCGCGGGCCGCCGCGAGUACGGACUGUGGCACCGACUACGAAUUCGAGACAAAGACGAAGCUUACAUACGGGAGACGGCUUCGCACGAGCAUUUUGUGGAUGUUCUUGCCGAGAUUCUGACCAGGCUUAAGAAGAUACAGAGUGCCUGUCAGCGACCGUUCAAAAGCCAGCGUGGCAAAAAGAAGGGCGGAAAGGGCAAGAAAGAAGCAACUCCAAACACAUCCACAGUCAGCACGGAUGAUAUCGAAGGAACUGUGCGAUCUUGCAUUUACUCUGAUCCUGAGCCCGAACAGGUCGACUCCUUGACCAACAAGAUGACCGAUGCCACGUUCGAAGAAUCAGCUGCCAAACCACAAACCAGAGUCAAGAUCGAGCUGCAGAGACCAGAAGACGAGGACAUGUUCGCAUUGUGGUGCUUUCUGAAGGAGUGCCACACGGUACGAUUGUACCUACGGUCCAUCUGGCAGGAAUACUACGCCGGCGAGCUCAGCCUCCUCGUAGCCGCAGAGGUGACAGAGAGUGUCUUCAUCAUGCUUUCUCAAGCAGCUUGGGGGUUUACCUUGGAUUACCCGCAAUUGUCUUCUUUCGACCAAGUGGCUGACAGGCUUCAAAUCCGCGCUCAAAUACGAGGAUCUGACAUCCAGUCAUUCGCAUAUGAAGGCAACGAUGACGCCAAAGACUCGAUGGAUACAGCACAAGCCGUCGAACUGCUGUGCAUUCCUGCCUUCGCUGCGCUUCAGACGCUAAAAGAGGCACUCCGAGCCUUCAAAGACCUCGAAGAAGACAUGCAAGAGCUGUUGGAAGUCUCCGAUUCUUAUCAUAUGCUCAACGACAAAAUGAUGACCGCACUGCUUAAGACGGGCAAGAAUUUCGACUUCUUCACUUCUGGCUUCAUUGCCAGAAUGCACUGCCGAAAGACGCAGCUUUCCAUUGAUGAAGUCAUACAAUACCAGUUGUACAUGGACAUUUUGGAUGGUCGCAAAGGCCUAACAAACGAGAUCGGUACUCUCUGCACGCUGAGGGAUUAUGUCCACGGCUCGACCGGUCACUACGAAGCACAGGCGCCCUCGAUGAUGGAAGCUUGCGGCGUAACUUAUGAUGAAACGCCUACGUUCCGGCACUCAGGGCUCCAGUUCUGUCAAGAUGUCCUAUUCAAGAACCCAGAAGACGAGGAAAAGAAGAUACUGAUUCGAGGACCGGCAGCGCGCAACCUGCCAUAUAUUGCCGAGCUCUGCGCAAACUUUCCAGUGCUGUGCGGUCGAGCAUCAAACUACCUGCUGCGGCAGCACCACGUUGAUGGUGUCGUAGCAUGUCGUCAGCAUCCGUUUGUGGUGGCGCUUGCACACUUAUACCGAGCUUCGCUUGAGGCUGGUGUUCUCCGCCGUAGGUGGAGGGACCUGGACCAUGUCAUCGAUAUACUUGGCCCGGUCAAUCUUGGUUUCAUAGGGAUGCUCGGAUCACAUGCCCCGGUCAUCGUAUCUGCUCGUCGAUUCGGGAUGGCGUUCGGGAUUCCGGCCGCUGAAUACAGCAAGGAGCAUCGAAACCGGCGGAACCAGAAGUCAAACAGGCUUCCACUGCCCCAGACCAAUCAUGUGGCGAAGGAGAGAGACAAGACCGACCUGCCAAAGUCGCCCUGCGCCAACGCAAUGCUACAGAGACACGAGACGGGAGAUCUGUUGGAUCUCCUAUCAGACGCCAGCAUUGAGGUCGACCAAGAGGCUCGCAAGCAGUGGGCAGCAUCUAAGACGCUCGACAUCACGACCCUCCUCGGAGUACUGAAGAAGCAAAUGAUCGAGGAAGAGAAGUUGGCCUGCUUUGACCUACACUGCUUCUCUGUGCAGUCUGGCCGGCGACUAUGGGUCAUCAAGAACGAGUUCGACGGGGACUUCAACCUGAUCGAAAUGGUCGAUGAGAUUCUGUGGGCCUCCGUCGGCGCUCAAUCAUUAGACCAGACCCUCCUCGGCGGCGUCGCUGCGGGAUUCGAGGCCACGAUCCAGAAGUACGACAGCAACCUGCUAGACUCCGGGGUACUGCUCGCAGAGUCAUUGAAGUUCCAAGACGAGGACUUCGAGGAUCCCAUUUUGGGGGAUCUCAAGACGAGUCUGCUGCAAGGCACGCCAGGGGUGGCCAUGACUGGUAGCAAGGUCAAGCUCUUGUUCCAGAAGCUUCCGGCAGAUGAGAGGAAGGCGGCGAUGGACACGCUGUAUAAGGAUCCAAUGGCUGAGAACGAGGUCGCGGCCGAAUGA